CACUGUGUGCUGUUCAGAGGGGUGUAGCUGGAGAGGAUGGGUUGCUAUCCGGCCGCCAUUUUGGAAUAUUCGAUUCUUGAUGAAGAGUAGGGGGGAACGAAGGAAGAGUGUGAGUCGGGAGUGCUGGAGAAGCGCACACAGGUUUGGGUUAUAUUGGAAUUUAAUCACUGCUUUUACACUUGUAUCAGCCUGAGAGGACACCGGGGUGACCGAAUACCUGCUGGGCGUUGAGGAAAAGCAGAUAUUUCACGAAUUUCCUAUUACACAGAAUAUGACCGACACCUAGCGUACAGUAAAGGCAUGGCGACGGCGUACCUGGAGCCCGGCCUUAGCCAUGGCGUGGGCGGGGGGGUCAAGUCUCGGCUCAGCGGGGGAACAGAGCGUUCCGCCCCUGCCCCUGACCGUGUCCUCAAGGUCAUCCACCACUUUGAGAGCAAGAGCGAGCACAGCGAAAACAGCCCAUGUUGCAGCAACAUCCGCCAUGGAGACGCCACCGAUGUCCGGGGGAUCAUACAGAAGAUCGUGGACAUCCACAAGGUGAAAUGUGUGGCAUGUUUCGGCCUCCGCCUCAGCCACGUCCAAUCAGGCGAGGUCCACUGGCUCCACCCCGACAUGGGCGUGUCCCACGUGAGGGAGAAAUACGAGCAGAACCGAUCACAGGACGAGUGGAGGUAUGAGCUGCGGAUCCGCUACCUGCCAAAGGGCUUCCUGAAUCAGUUUACUGAAGACAAACCGACGCUGAAUUUCUUCUACCAGCAGGUGAAGAACGAUUACAUGUUGGAAAUAGCCGAUCAGGUCGACCAGGAUAUCGCACUCAAACUGGGGUGCCUUGAGAUCAGGAGAUUUUACAGAGAAAUGAGAGGAAAUGCUUUGGACAAGAAAUCCAACUACGAGCUGUUAGAAAAAGAUGUCGGUCUCAGGCGGUUCUUCCCCAAGAGUCUGCUGGAUUCAGUCAAGGCUAAAACCUUGCGGAAACAGAUUCAGCAGACGUUUAAGCAGUUUGCCAGCCUGAACGAUGAACAGAGCAUUCUCAAGUUCUUCGAGAUCCUUGCCCCAGUCUACAGAUUCGACAAGGAGUGCUUUAAAUGUGCUCUGGGGUCGAGCUGGGUUAUCUCAGUGGAGCUGGCUAUCGGUCCUGAGGAAGGCAUCAGCUACCUGACAGACAAAGGCUUAACACCGACACACUUGGCUAACUUCACGCAGGUGCAGAGCAUCCAAUACUCGUGCAUGGAGGAGCGUGAGAGGAAGGGCAUGCUGCAGCUGGACGUGGCCGGGGCUGCUGAGCCUCUCACCGUCACUACGCCGUCCUUCAACACCGCAGAGAACAUGGCCGACCUGAUCGACGGUUACUGUCGCCUGGUCAACGGCGUCACCCAGUCUUUCAUCGUCAGGCCGCAGAAAGAGGGAGAAAGAGCACUUCCAUCUAUCCCAAAGCUUGGAAACAAUGAGAAGAAGUUAGAAGCUGUCCGAGCAGGAGUUCGAACCAUCUCUGUAUCAGAAGAUAUUAGUGGGGAUGAAACAGACGACUAUGCAGAGAUCAUAGACGAGGAGGACACAUACACAAUGCCUUCCACCAGGGAUUAUGAGAUCCAGCGGGAGCGCAUCGAGCUGGGCCGCUGCAUUGGAGAAGGGCAGUUUGGAGACGUGCAUCAGGGGAUCUACGCCAGUCCAGAGAACCCUUCUCUGUCCGUGGCUAUUAAAACAUGCAAGAACUGCACCUCGGAUAGCGUGCGGGAGAAGUUCCUGCAAGAAGCCUUGACAAUGCGGCAGUUUGACCAUCCUCACAUCGUCAAGCUGAUCGGUGUAAUCACAGAGAACCCGGUCUGGAUCAUCAUGGAACUGUGCACCCUUGGCGAGUUGAGGUCGUUCUUACAAGUAAGGAAAUACAACCUGGAUCUGGCAUCACUGAUUUUGUAUGCCUACCAGUUGAGCACAGCUUUGGCUUACCUGGAGAGCAAGAGAUUCGUGCACAGGGACAUUGCUGCCAGGAAUGUGUUGGUGUCUUCCGCAGACUGUGUGAAACUUGGGGACUUUGGACUCUCCAGGUACAUGGAGGACAGUUCCUAUUACAAAGCCUCCAAAGGGAAACUGCCAAUCAAAUGGAUGGCACCAGAAUCCAUAAACUUCCGCCGCUUUACCUCAGCCAGUGAUGUGUGGAUGUUCGGUGUGUGCAUGUGGGAGAUACUGAUGUACGGAAUCAAGCCCUUCCAAGGUGUGAAGAACAAUGAUGUGAUUGGGCGAAUAGAGAACGGCGAGCGCCUGGCCAUGCCUCCAAACUGCCCCCCCACCCUUUACAGCCUAAUGACCAAGUGCUGGGCGUAUGACCCGGGCAAGAGGCCACGCUUCACCGAACUCAAGACCCAGCUCAGUACUAUUCUGGAGGAGGAGAAAGCUCAGCAGGAUGAGCGCAUGCGCAUGGAGAUGAGACGUCAAGUCACAGUGUCGUGGGACUCGGGUGGAUCAGAUGAUGCGCCUCCCAAACCAAGCCGACCAGGUUAUCCCAGUCCCCGUUCGAGUGAAGGUUUCUUCCCGAGUCCUCAACAUGCAGGCCAGCACAAUCAUUACCAGGGAUCGGGUUACCCUGGCUCUCAUGGCAUGCCGUCAAUGCCCAGUGGAGGAUACCCGGCCCAGGCGUCUGUUCUGGAGCCACACGAGACCUGGAACCACCACAGACAAGACGUACCUGUGUGGUCUCCUAAUAUGGAGGAGGGAGGAGCUCUGGACAUGCGGGCACUGGGUCAGGGGAUGCCGGCUCACCUGAUGGAGGAAAGGUUGAUGAUGCAGCAACAGCAGAUGGAGGAGGAUCAACGCUGGCUGGAGCAGGAGGAAAGCUUCCUGAAGCCGGAGUCCAGGAAUUCCAGGGGCAGUAUAGACCGGGAAGACGGUGCUCUCCAGGGGCUGACGGGAAACCAGCAUGUAUACCAACCUGUAGGCAAAGCAGAUCCUGUAGCUCCACCUAAGAAGCCUCCUCGUCCUGGAGCUCAGAGCCACCUGAGCAGCACAGCCAGCAUAAGCCCGGUGGACAGCUAUAACGAGGGCGUCAAGCUCCAGCCUCAGGAGAUUAGUCCACCACCCACAGCUAAUCUCGACCGCUCCAACGAUAAGGUCUAUGAGAAUGUGACUGGACUGGUGAAGGCAGUGAUUGAGAUGUCCAGUAAGAUCCAACCUGCAUCCCCUGAAGAAUACGUGCCCAUGGUGAAGGAGGUGGGACUGGCUCUGAGAACGCUGCUUGCGACUGUAGACGAGACCAUCCCUAUUUUACCAGCUAUCACACACAGAGAGAUCGAGAUGGCUCAGAAGCUGUUGAACUCGGACCUGGCUGAGCUGAUCAAUAAAAUGAAGCUGGCGCAGCAGUACAUGCUUACCAGCCUGCAGCAGGACUACAAGAAACAGAUGCUCACAGCUGCACACGCCCUCGCCGUCGAUGCCAAGAACCUGCUGGACGUAAUCGACCAGGCCAGGCUGAAGAUGAUCGCUCAGUCACGGCCCCACUAGUCUUUUCCUCUGGAGCGGAGAGUUCAGGACAGAGAGACACUAUAAUAGCACAGGAGCGAGACGAGAGGACACGAUGUCGACUGCUUGGACAGUAUGGUGAUGUCAUAUACUGAAUCACAGCACAGCACCAGUGGCUCUUCACCAGUGAUGUCUCACUACAAGAAUAUGAAAUAAGCCUUUUCUAUAGAGACAUACACACUCUAUGUUCAGUGGACUUGGAGAUACAAUGCUAAUCUAGUUUUUAUUGUACUGUUUGUGCUGGCUUUUUUUUUUUUUUCUUUUUAAUUAAGUCCAGAGAUGAACUCGAGCAACUGACACUUUUAUCAGAGAAAACACCACAACUGGAAUCCACAUGGACAUCAGAGUUAAUGCAGAGUCUGGAACAACCUGAGCUGACCCAGAGGUGUACUGCAGACACUCAUACACUUCCUCUUGUGAACUGUUCUACAGCAGACCCUAUCAUUAUUCUGAUUUACAUACACGCACACACACACAUGCACACACCCCCGAGGGCUCACGUUGUACUUUUUAUCCUCUGACUUCCACUCAGGGGACACCUUGAGACACGACAUAACACAUCAUGCUGUUUAACGUCAUCAUAUUCUGCACAAGAAUGCAUAUAUUUUUUAAAGAAUGGUCUAUAGAAUUAAGAUUUAAAAAAUAAAAUCUCUAAUACUGGGGUAUUAAUGGGUAGAAAAAUGUCAUCAGGGACUGUUAGAAACCAGUUCAGUUCAGUAAACACCUCUUACUCAUAACAGACAGUAAAGCACAGUUUUAAUAGCUCAAAGGCCUUUUCUUACUCAUUGCUUCCUCAAAGCUGGUAAAUGUAGACAUUUACAACAAAUCUUUGUCUUUCCCCAGGCUGAUAAACUUGGUCAUGUCGCCCCUGUGUAUAGUACAAUCUAUAAAUGAAUCCACAUUGUCACAUAAAUUAUUCUCAGGAAAAAAAACUGACUGUACAGAACCUUUAACUAAUAAAAUGUGUUACUCUUGUA